UUACACAACUCUUAUCGCUUUCCAAUAAAUAACGGUUGUUCAUGCAAUCUUACUAUACCUUUCUACAAUCUCUUCCAAAAAAGAGCAGGAUGCAGUUACACGUUGUGGCGUUUGCGGGUUUUAUCUCCACAGUGCUCUCUCAAAGUCAAUAUGAUGUCAUUGCUCAAGCCGUGGACAAGACCUUUGAUUUGGUUGAUUUCAACCCCAAGGACGGCCAUGUGCAAUACCAGGAGCUUAGCAUGGGAUUCGAUUAUAUAGACACCAAUGACGAUGGCGUGUUAUCAUUUGAGGAAUACAUCAAGGUUACAAACUCUGAACCAAUUCAGCGAGACAUCUUCAACCACUACGAUACAAACAAAGAUGGAGUCCUUCAGAAAACAGAAUAUGUUGACACUCCAUUUAGGGCAAUGGACCCCAAUGGGGACAACGUAGUGACAAGACAUGAUUAUGAUCACUUCUACACCAAUAUGGUAUAUCAUAUUGUACAGCAGCAGCAGCUGCAGCACGGACAGUUUGGACGUUAGGGAUCCUGUACACCUGGACUGCGUUUUACUUUUACUUUUACUUACGACUUGCAACAAAAAUAAUGACUGCUUAUUAAUCACAAACUAAUCAAUUUUUUGUUCUAAUAUCUGUAGAGUAUAAUUAUGGAUAUCAAAAAAGUUGUAAAAAUUGGUUUUAUAAAAAAUGUGUUCUUUAAAGAUUAUUCUAUGAAACUGAAAAUGUUUAGGACUUUGUCGUAAGUUCUUUUGUAAAACGCAGUCCAUACACUUAAAAUAAAAUUAUGAAUUCAAAUGAC